GUCAUCCCGUGCCUCCCUCCGCCCUGGACUUUGCCUCCGGUGGAUGCUCGGGGCGAUAAAACCGGCGGAGGCCAGGGAGGGAGUGGGACGCGCAGGGUCCUCACAGGGUGCUGGGGCCCGGAGAGGCGUCCCCGCGGCCAGGCCCACCGUGCCCACAUGCAGCAGGCGCCUGGGGGGCAGAGCCCACCCCCGGGGCCCCCCGAGGCCGCGGGCGCCGAGACCAAGGCCGCUGAGAUCAAGGCCGUCAUCGUCGGGGACGGAGGCUGCGGGAAGACGUCGCUGCUGAUGGUCUUUGCCAGAGGGGACUUCCCCAAGGUCUACGUCCCCACGGUGUUCGAGAAGUACACGGCCUCCUUCCAGGUUGACGGAAAGCCUGUGAAGAUCCACCUCUGGGACACGGCAGGGCAGGAGGACUAUGACAGGCUUCGCCCGCUGUCCUACUCGGACGCCAAUGUCGUCCUCAUGUGCUUCGAUGUCACCAACCGCAGCAGCUACGACAACAUCCUGACCAAGUGGUACCCGGAGGUGAACCACUUCUGCAAGGGUGUCCCCGUCCUGCUGGUGGGCUGCAAGACCGACCUGCGGCAGGACCCCGAGGUGCUGCGCGAGCUGCGGCAGGGCCGCCAGGAGCCCAUCACCUCGCAGCAGGGGGAGGCCAUGGCCCGGCAGGUCCACGCCGUGUCCUACUUCGAGUGCUCAGCCAGGUACCAGGAAAACGUCAGGGACAUCUUCGCUGCCACCUGCGCCACCGCGCUGCGCUCCAUCCGACGUCCCCGACGCAGGAGAUGGACCCGGAGGGGCUGCACGCUCUCCUGAGACCCCGCACCCCCAGCCUGGGCACCAUGGGGCAGGCACGGAGACCCCCCGUGCAUGGAGAGGAGCCUGCCCGCAGCCGCCCCACUGCUGAGAACUGACCCGGGGGACUCCCCGGCCCCCAGACCCGCCGGCCGGGUGGGGGACAGGCACUGAGCGGCCACGGCACGGGUCUGCCAUUAAAGCUUGGAGAUCCCAGCACUGUGUGGUACCCACAGGCAGAGCCUCGGGCACCUGCUGGGGCUCCAAAAGGCACAGCCACGGCA